AUGUCCACCGUUGAAUUUGCUCAACUACUAGAAAAUAGUAUUCUAAGUCCCGACCAAAACGUUCGGUUGACCAGUGAAACUCAAUUAAAGAAAUUAUCUAAUGACAACUUUUUGCAAUUUGCUGGGCUCUCUUCGCAAGUACUUGUCGAUGAAAAUACAAAGAUAGAAGGGCGUAUUUUAGCGGCAUUAACUCUGAAGAACGAGCUGGUUUCCAAAGAUUCCAUCAAGACUCAGCAAUUCGCCCAACGUUGGAUUACUCAAGUCAGUCCUGAAGCUAAAAGUCAAAUCAAAGCUAAUGCCCUCGCCGCGCUGGUCUCUAUGGAACCUCGUAUAGCUAAUGCUGCUGCUCAAUUGAUAGCUGCUAUAGCGGAUAUCGAGCUACCCCAUGGCGCAUGGCCAGAGUUGAUGAAAAUUAUGGUCGACAAUACAGGUGCUGAACAACCAGAAAACGUCAAAAGAGCCUCUUUGUUGGCUUUAGGUUACAUGUGUGAAAGCGCGGACCCUCAAAGUCAAGCUCUGGUCUCUUCUUCAAACAACAUCUUGAUUGCUAUUGUCCAAGGUGCUCAAUCUACAGAAACCUCUAAGGCAGUCAGACUGGCAGCCCUGAACGCUCUUGCAGACUCUUUGAUUUUUAUCAAAAACAACAUGGAACGUGAAGGUGAAAGAAAUUAUCUCAUGCAAGUCGUCUGUGAAGCGACUCAAGCUGAAGAUAUAGAAGUUCAAGCUGCUGCCUUUGGCUGUCUGUGUAAAAUCAUGUCACUGUACUAUACGUUUAUGAAACCUUAUAUGGAGCAAGCACUAUAUGCCUUAACCAUAGCCACCAUGAAAUCACCAAACGACAAAGUAGCUUCCAUGACUGUGGAAUUCUGGUCCACUAUUUGUGAAGAGGAAAUCGAUAUCGCCUAUGAAUUGGCGCAAUUCCCUCAAUCUCCUUUACAAAGUUAUAAUUUCGCUUUGUCUUCCAUUAAAGACGUUGUUCCGAACCUAUUAAAUCUUCUGACAAGACAAAAUGAGGAUCCGGAAGAUGACGAUUGGAACGUUUCCAUGUCUGCAGGUGCGUGCUUACAGUUGUUUGCCCAAAAUUGUGGUAAUCACAUCCUGGAAUCCGUAUUGGAAUUUGUGGAACAAAAUAUCACUGCGGAUAGCUGGAGAAAUCGUGAAGCUGCUGUGAUGGCAUUUGGUUCUAUUAUGGAUGGACCUGAUAAAGUUCAAAGAACCUAUUAUGUCCAUCAAGCUUUACCAUCCAUCCUGAACUUAAUGAAUGAUCAAUCCUUACAAGUCAAAGAAACUACUGCCUGGUGUAUUGGUAGAAUUGCUGAUUCUGUCGCUGAAUCUAUUGACCCACAACAACACCUGCCUGGUGUUGUUCAGGCCUGUUUGAUUGGUCUACAAGAUCAUCCAAAAGUGGCCACAAACUGUUCUUGGACCAUUAUUAAUUUAGUGGAACAAUUAGCGGAAGCCACCCCAUCUCCAAUCUAUAACUUCUAUCCAGCUCUUGUAGACGGAUUGAUCGGUGCAGCUAAUAGAAUCGAUAAUGAGUUUAAUGCUCGUGCAUCAGCCUUUUCAGCUUUGACUACUAUGGUUGAAUACGCCACUGAUACAGUAGCUGAAACUUCUGCGUCCAUUUCUACAUUCGUUAUGGACAAAUUAGGACAAACAAUGAGCGUUGAUGAAACUCAAUUGUCGUUGGAAGACGCGCAGAGUUUACAAGAAUUACAGUCAAAUAUAUUGACUGUUCUAGCUGCCGUUAUCCGAAAAAGCCCAAGUAGUGUAGAACCUGUUGCUGACAUGCUAAUGGGUCUGUUUUUCAAAUUGUUGGAAAAAAAGGACUCUGCAUUUAUUGAGGAUGAUGUGUUUUAUGCCAUCUCAGCUUUAGCUGCUUCUCUAGGUAAAAGUUUCGAAAAGUAUCUGGAAACAUUCUCUCCCUAUUUAUUAAAGGCCUUGAAUCAAGUGGACUCGCCGGUAUCGAUCACUGCAGUGGGUUUCAUCGCGGAUAUCUCGAAUUCGUUAGAAGAAGAUUUCAGAAGAUACUCAGAUGCCAUGAUGAAUGUUUUGGCUCAAAUGAUUUCUAAUCCAAAUGCGAGAAGAGAAUUGAAACCAGCUGUUUUGAGUGUGUUUGGCGAUAUUGCCUCCAAUAUAGGCGCUGAUUUUAUCCCAUACUUGAAUGAUAUCAUGGCAUUAUGCGUUGCUGCGCAAAAUACCAAACCUGAAAAUGGUACAUUGGAAGCCUUAGACCACCAAAUAAAAGUAUUAGAAGCAGUGCUAGAUGCUUAUGUAGGUAUUGUCGCAGGUCUACAUGAUAAGCCAGAGGCUCUGUUCCCAUAUGUCGGUACUAUCUUCCAGUUUAUUGCACAAGUAGCAGAAGAUCCGCAGUUAUACAGUGAGGAUACCACCUCGAGGGCGGCAGUCGGCUUGAUAGGGGAUAUAGCCGCUAUGUUCCCAGAUGGCUCAAUUAAGCAGUUCUAUGGACAGGACUGGAUCAUUGAUUACAUCAAAAGGACGAGAAGUAGUCAAUUGUUCAGUCAAACUACGAAAGAUACAGCAAGAUGGGCUAGGGAACAACAAAAGCGUCAAUUAUCUUUAUAA